CCUGGAUCCUCUCUCUUCACCCAACUGAUAGGCGCCAUCGUAGAACGUCGCGUCGUCUCGACUCUUCUUCUGCUGCUCUUCUUCUUCCUCUUCACAUGUUGCACUAGCGCUUUUUCGUUUUUAUUCCAGGCUGCCUUCCUCCUGCUCUGUCCUCCGGGACCCUGCUCACUCUGUCCUUUCGGCGACGGCGAUCGUGGCUCCGCCUGCUUUGUCCUGAAACAUCACGCCCCCGACGCCGAGACGACUACAACUUCACCUCGCCCCGGCUCUCCGUUCUUCCGUCUCUCCUCUACAAACUCCCACCGCGCUCCCUCCACGAUUAACCUCUUGGAAACUUCGUGUUUCCCUCUCCCUCUCUAUGCAACCUCCACCCGGUCUCGCGACCGCCGCCGCAGCACUCGAUGAUAUCUCCUCGGUAGCCCUUCUCCUCGAGGCUCCCACUGCCACUCUCGAAAUGGCCGCCUCCGUCAUCGCCUCCGUGGUUCCCCAGGCCACCGCCUCCUCCCCCUCAGAAUCCAUCUACGACGAGUCGCCGGGCGAUUGCCAGCUGCUGGGCUCCUUUGCCCUCAUCGUCCAGGCAGCACUCGGUGGCUUGGCUCUGAUGUCAUUGGUCUUCAAGCGCUGGCGGGAGCGACCUCAAAGGCCUCUCAAGAUCUGGUUCUUCGACGUCUCCAAGCAAGUGUUUGGCUCCGUGCUCGUGCACAUGGCCAACAUCUUCAUGUCCAUGUUGACCAGCGGUCGCUUCUCCGUCCAAGUCGACCCGUCUGCCAGGAACGCAGCCCGAGGCGAUGACGACUACACUCCGAACCCGUGCUCCUUCUAUCUUCUCAACCUUGGUAUCGAUACAACACUCGGUAUUCCAAUCCUCAUCGUCCUACUCCGCAUCAUGACCGGCCUCGUCCGCUUCACUCCCCUUGGCCAACCCCCCGAGUCCGUCCAGUCAGGUAACUAUGGGCACCCGCCCAACGCCUGGUGGUGGCUGAAGCAGUCUGUGAUUUACUUCUGCGGUCUCUUCGGCAUGAAGCUCUGCGUCCUAAUCAUCUUCAUCAUGAUGCCUUGGAUAUCGAUAGUCGGUGACUGGGCUCUUGGGUGGACAGAGGGCAACGAGAAGCUCCAGAUCGCCUUUGUCAUGAUGAUAUUCCCCCUCAUCAUGAACGGCCUACAGUACUACAUUAUCGACUCGUUCAUCAAGAAGCAAGAGUCGGACCACGAACAAUUAGGCUCGGAGGACCCCAAUGAAGGCCCCCGUAGAUACGACGACAGCGAAGACGAGACGUCAAGAGUUCGACUCGUCGAUGCCGAUACUGAUUCCGAGCCCGAUGAAGAAGCCGCCAAGCUCCCUCUCCGGCCUCAAAGCAAGGACUCUGAGUACGACCCAGACCUGGAUGGUGACGACGACCGCACCAUUGUAGGCAGCAGCUCAAGCGCCCGCAACAUGCCAGGCAAGCUUAUCCAGCCCGAGUUACUCCCCAAGGAGUAGACGAGUUAAUUUCCUUGCCAUCACGGUCUGAAUUCUUCUGCCUCGAGAUUGUCGUUCGGUUAUUGCUGCUGGUAUAUCCUCACUUGCGUUGGUUGACACAAAUACAUAAAGACUUGGGUUGUAUAUAUCUCGUCCGGGCUCGGGGGCUUUUUGAUACUUUUGGCGGGCUGGCAGAGUCGCGGGACUGCUGCCCAGGGCGUUUGACGGUAGAUUUUUUAGAUCGAGGGAAUCCAUAGCGUUUAUACAAGGCCGGUUGACAUACCAUGCACGAUGCGUCGUCACCGACACGCGUAACAGUCCCACUUCCAUGACGAAGCUUCUAAAUUAAGAGCACUGCUAUUUGCACACACC